AUGGAGGCACCAAGGCCUAACAUGAACGACAGCAUCUCCAAGAUCCUCCAGUCCCUUACUUUGGACGAGAAAUGCACCUUCCUAUCCGGCAAGAACAUGUGGGAAACCGCAGAUAUCCCUCGCCUAGGCAUCCACAGCCUCAAGACAAGCGACGGUCCGGCUGGCGUCCGCGGCUCACGAUGGACUGACGGGACUCACACCACAUACAUCCCCUGCGGCAUCUCUCUUGCAGCCACCUUCGACCCAGAUCUCAUCCAACGAGUCGGAAAGAUCCUCGGUGCCGAGGCCAAGACCAAAGGAGCCCAUGUCUUGCUUGCACCGACCAUGAACAUCAGCCGCUCGCCCUUUGGUGGCCGCAACUUUGAAAACUUUGGCGAAGACCCGUAUCUCACAGGCGUCAUGGCUAGCAGUUACAUCGAGGGGGUGCAGAGUGAGGGCGUGGGAGCUUGUAUGAAACACUAUGUCGCCAACGACAUGGAGACGAGACGCUUCAACAUGGACGAGCAGAUUGACGAGCGGACGCUGAGAGAGAUCUACCUCAAACCGUUCGACAUGGCGUUGAAAGCGGAUCCCUGGACUGCCAUGACAGCAUAUCCCAAGAUCAACGGCGAACAUGCUGACACCAGCCGCUUUCUGGUUCAUGAUAUCUUGCGACGGGAGUGGGGAUACGAUGGGCUGGUGAUGAGCGACUGGGGAGGAUUGAACUCGACCAUCGACAGCAUCCGCGCCACCACAGACCUUGAAAUGCCAGGGCCUCCGCUUCGUUACGGGAAAGCUUUGCUGAAAGCCGUCGAGUCUGGUGCUGUCUCCGAAGAAGAACACAUCAACCCCUCUGUCGAAAGACUCCUUCGUCUCCUCGCACGAGCUCAGCUACUCGACAGCCCACAACAUAACGGCACAAACGGCAUCCAUGCGGGUACAGAAGGCAACGAAGGCGAGUCGGACACUCCCGAAUCCCGCCAAACGGCCAGAGAAGCAGCCUCCCAAGGCAUAGUCCUCCUCAAGAACAUCGGCAUCCUCCCUCUCAAGCCCUCUAAGCUCCGCUCCCUUGCCAUUAUCGGUCCCAACGCCAAAACCCCGACAACAGGCGGCACCGGCAGCGCCAUCGUGAACCCUUACUACAUCACCACACCCUUUGAUUCUAUUAGCGACGCCGCCAAGUCUGCCAAUCCAGAUAUCCAAAUCACCCACCACCGCGGCGUUUUCACGCACCUCCAACCACCCCUAAUCGGUGACUGCCUUACAAACCCAACCACAGGCUCCCCCGGCCUCCGCGUCGACUUCUUCGCAGGCAACACCUUCUCCGGCGACAUCAUCUCCUCUUCAGACUGGCACAACUCCCUCGUCUACUUCAUGUCUGACGGCGACGUGCCCCCCUCCCUGCGCGGAACAACCUACAGCUACAAAGCAACCGGCCUCCUCCGCCCCAGCGUCACAGGGACCUACGACUUCAGCCUCUCCAACACCGGUAAAGCGAAGCUCUUCAUCGACGACGAGCUGCUCAUCGAUAACUCGGACUGGACGCAGAUCAGCGGCAACUUCAUGAACUGCGGCAGCGUCGAGGUGUUUGCGAGCAGGGAGCUGGAGGCGGGCAAGACGUACCGCCUCCGCGUCGACAAUGUCGUCGUGCCGCCACCGACAAGACCCCAUGACAACACCCUCUUUCACAAGAUCUCGGGCGUUCGCGUGGGAAUGCUCUUCCGGCAUGACGAGGAGCAGAUGUUUCGCGACGCGGUCGCUGCGGCGGAGGGCGCUGAUGCGGUUGUGCUUGUUGUGGGGCAUAACAACGACACGGAGCGCGAAGGAUCGGAUCGCACUUCGCUGUCGCUGCCGCGGAGGACGGACGAGCUGGUUGCUGCGGUCGCGGCUGUUAACCCGAACGUGGUCGUGUUGACGCAGUCUGCGUGUGCUGUAGCCAUGCCGUGGGUUGAUGGACCCGCUGCGAUUGUGCAUGCGUGGUAUCAAGGGCAGGAGUGUGGAAACGCCAUUGCGGACGUGAUCUUCGGCAAGGUCAAUCCUUCCGGGAAGCUGCCGCUGACGUUUCCUAAGAGGAUCGAGGACCAUGGAUCGCACAAGUGGUUUCCUGGUGAUGCGGAGAAUGAUUAUGCUGAGUACGGGGAGGGCGUGCUAGUUGGCUACCGCUGGGUCGACGAGCAAGGGACAGAGCCUUUGUGGCCUUUUGGGUAUGGAUUGUCCUAUACCAAGUUCCAAAUCAUCGAUGUUGCGGUCAAGGGCACCAUCUCCGCCGACGGUGACCGCUCCGCUACAAUCACUGCCACGGUGAAGAACAUUGGCGACAUCUCGGGCAGCGAGGUUCUACAAGUCUAUGUCUCGUCUUCGCCCGCGAUCAAAGAGCUAGGCCGUCCUUCUGCCCCGAAAUCCCUUGCUGGAUUCCAGAAAGUCGCGCUCCGCCCUGGAGAGUCAAAGUCUUUGGCCAUACAUCUUGACGCGAAGGCGGUUGCUUGGUUCGAUGUCGUGGGGAAAGGGGGCCCGGGGUCUGGUGGGAAAUGGAGGGUUGACCGCGGCACUUACAAAUGCUACGUUGGAGUGAGUUCCCGAGACAUCGUUGCUGAGGUCGAAGUCACCGUAGAAUAG